GCUGAGAUGGGUCUGGGUCACCUCUCUCAGAGCUGCUAAAGGGAACCUCUGCAAGCUCCUUCUUAGGGUCUUUCAAAGAGACAUGGCACAAACUGGACUUAGGAUUUUUCUCCUCAUAAGCUUACUACUGCUGGAUCAGACCUUGAGCCAGGCUUCCAAACUCAAAGCCAGGAAGCACAGCAAACGCAGAGUGAAAGAAAAAGAUGACCUGAAGACCCAGAUUGACAAACUGUGGCGAGAAGUAAAUGCUCUGAAGGAAAUACAAGCACUCCAGACAGUGUGUCUUCGUGGGACCAAGGCCCACAAGAAGUGCUACCUCAUGUCAGAAGGCACCAAACAUUUCCAUGAAGCCAAUGAAGACUGCAUAACCAAGGGGGGGACGUUGGCUAUCCCCAGGAAUAACGAGGAAACAAACAUCCUUCGAGAUUACGGCAAGAAAAGCGCGCCCAGCGCGUCCGAGUUCUGGCUGGGUGUCACUGACAUGGUGCACGAAGGGAGGUUUGUUGAUGUCAAUGGCAUGGCUCUGCACUACUUCAACUGGGACCGUGCCCAGCCCAACGGAGGCAAGAGGGAGAACUGUGUCUUUUUGUCUCAGCCAUCCCAAGGCAAGUGGGUGGAUGAAGUCUGCCGCACUGCCAAGAGAUACGUUUGUGAAUUCCUGAUCCCAUAAUUACAUCCACAAAGGACCAUGUUUUGGGUUAUCAACACACACUCUUGCUUAGCAACCCCUCCCACUUAGAGAGUGAUGAGUUCAAACUAUCCCUCUCCUGCUUUGAACUCACUCUUUCCUGAAACACAAAUUUUCUCUCUUAAUUUAUUUUCUAUUCAUAUGCUAAAAAGGUUUAGUGAGUACUCUCAUUAUGCACAGGGAUAUAUAUUAUGUUUUCGCCUGCAUUGUAUCAUAUUUUUGCAUAUUACUUCUGCUUGAUGUUCGGGUCACUGGAUUACACUUCUGUACUUUAAUUAGAAAAUACUGCUGCAUGGUAAUCCUUUCCAGUAUGAGCAGUAAGGAUCCUCUGUGUUCUAAAGUUUACGAGGGACAUUGGGAUUAUGUGAGCUCCUGUGAAAAACAGCCAUCAUCCUUUACAGAAUCUAAUUGAAUUAAUUUGUGGCCAAGAGUUUUUACCUAUGGGUUAAGAAUGCUAAACAAAACAGAAAAAUCAGGUGUUAGUUAUUUAACUACAUGCAAUCUGCAGUGAUACACUGCUAGAAAAAGGGGGAGCAGCUGUUUUAAAACAUCAGUAAGUCUAGACAUGCUUGCCUCUAAAUGUCUCAAUUAUGGUUAAAUAUUAGAUGUCAUUUGGAACAUUCCCACAGAAGAAAGCAGCCUGGGACUGGAUCCCACUCUGCUGUGUGCAGCCUUGCUAUGCCUGGUCUCCUGCAGGCUCAGACAGCCUCUGCCAUUCACAGGGAGCUCCUGAAAUCUCGGGGAGGAGACAGGAGCUCCUUUCUGGCCCAGCAUUCCCACUCACCCACCGCUCCCAUGGGAAGGGCAGCACUGCCCAGGGGAACAGGAGAGUGGGCCAGACCACAUGCAAAUGUUCCAAUUUAACACCUGACAUGUCAAAAUGAAGUAAAACAUGCUGGCUGCUUUUGGCUGUUCUGGACCUCACAACAGAGAUUUGCUUUCAUGUCAUAAAUAGCAGUUUCUCUCAUUUUAUUUAAAUAUUUAAAUACAUCGCUGCUUGGAGGAUAAAUCAUAUUUCUUAUGUAUUAAAUAUGCAAGAUUUUAGAUGAUGCAAUAAAUUUGCUAUUACCAGUAUUUAACUGUUGUAGUAUUUUUGGCAGCUUAUGCACCCAUGUGAAGGCCAUUCUUUCCUAGAACUUUCCCUAAGGAUUCAAAAAGGGUACUUUUUUUCCACUACUGUAUUUACAGGUCACAGGACAAAAUUUGGAUCCCUGCUGUAUAAGAUCAAACUACUCAAGGUAUCUCCAAUGUGUUGUAUUUAAACAAAUUUUCCAACACUUAAUGUAUUUCUAAAAUAGCCUGAUUCUGAAAUCUCUCAUUUACUCCUGAGUUGAAAUAUAGCAGAAAAAAGGGCCCAAAUAUAUCCCAUCUUCUUUCAAAAUGUACCAGCAUUUGCUAAAGUUGGGGUAAACAUUUUUGUUACCUAUAUUUGUGCAUGAUUUAAAGUCUGUAUGGCUUCUUAACCUCUGAUUUGUCUGAAAUAAUAAUGUUUCAGCAUAUCUCUACAGCUACAGCCAAACUAAGAAUUCACCACAAAUUCCACACCCUGUUGAACUGGAACUGGACUACAUUUUCAUAGGCUGUUUUGCUGGGGUACCCAUUAUAAAGAACGUGAGCCCGUUCAUGUAGGUUCCCUAUAAGGUGUAAAAUUACCAUAUAAAAAUCUCAUUGUUAAAAAAUUCUUUCUGGAUGAUCCUCUAAAAAGACAUUUAUCAUCUUGAGACUGACAAUAAA